UUGUUGAGCUGUUUGGUGCUGAGGCGGUGUUUGUGCUCCGACUACUGAUUUUACCUGCUUCGUCUAUUCGUUUACAGGGAAACCACGGCUUAUUUUUAAGUAUUAUUAUUAUUAUUAUUAUCGUAUUUAGUCUACAGGAUAUUUUCUUUUUCUUUUAAGAGGCGUCAUGUUUAAGAAAAAGCAGCAGUUUGUAUAUAAUAUGGAGAGAUCUGGAGCAGAAAAGAUGGCGUUUUAACCUGUUCAUGGAGGUGAAUGCAAAUGUUCAUGAUAUAAUCCCUGUACUGUUACGGGAAAGCUGUGCGAACAAGGAUUAAGGACUUUUUUUUAAGAACAUUUCUACCACCUCUGCCUUGAGCAUCUUCUUAUGACCGUCGUCAUCCGCAGCCGAAAGCGUCAGGUUAAGACUACUGGUACUGAACCGCUACUACUGAACCGUUCCUGUCAGGUUCUGUCAGAGGACAGCGGGAAGAAAUGGGGAACAGCUUUUCCAACAUCUCUGCCUUCCAGUCCCUCCACAUCGUGAUGCUGGGGCUGGACUCGGCCGGAAAGACGACCGUCCUCUACAGGCUGAAGUUCAACGAGUUUGUGAACACUGUACCUACGAUCGGUUUCAACACAGAGAAGAUCAAGCUGAGCAAUGGUGCAGCGAAGGGCAUCAGCUGUCAUUUCUGGGACGUCGGCGGCCAAGAGAAGCUCCGUCCGCUCUGGAAGUCGUACAGCCGAUGCACGGAUGGCAUCAUCUACGUGGUGGACUCGGUGGAUGUAGACCGGCUCGAGGAGGCCAAGACUGAGCUGCACAAGGUUACCAAAUUUGCAGAGAACCAAGGAACACCGCUGCUGGUUAUCGCCAACAAGCAGGACCUGCCCAGGUCUCUGCCCGUGGCCGAUAUAGAGAAGCAGCUGGCGCUCAACGAGUUGACCCCGUCCACCGCGUACCACGUUCAGCCUGCUUGUGCCAUUAUCGGCGAAGGGCUUCACGAAGGUAUGGACAAACUGUAUGAGAUGAUUGUGAAGCGAAGAAAAGCCCUAAAGCAGAAAAAGAAGCGAUAAACUUUGGCUUUAAGGAACUAUUCCCCCUCAUUCAUGCCUUUCUGCAAGCCUGGGGCUUAUCGUCACGUGCCAACGCAGCGAUGCACCGAUUAUUGGAUUAUUGAUUGAUUCGGGCAGUUUUCAGUUGGACUUAUGUUGCAGACUCUGUAUGGCUUGCUGGGUGGUUUCGAGCCACAGAGAACUUACAGGAAAAAAACUUGCUACAAUGAAAAAAGGGCUGGUUCCCUUUUCUGCUGCUGUUGACUUACUGUGCAAGUAGCCUCGUCGUCAUACUGAAGGAGCUCUCUACUUUAGCACUGUGAAGAAUUACGAACGUUAACGUUUUUGUUCGUGGGAUGCUUGAUUUUUUCUCUCUCUCUCUCUCUCUCUCUCUCUCUCUGACGACCGGCUCGAAGCAUUACUGUGUGUAUCACAAUAAUAAUGUUGCCUAAAUCCUUUACGAGUAACUCCAUUUGGGAUUGGUUCUGACCUGUGUGAGACUGAAGGUUAACAGUUUAAGCCUGCUUUUUUGGGAGUUUGGGACUUUAUGAUAACAUAAAGUCAUGGACACAUCCAGGUUUAUGAAGACCGUUAAGAACAUGACGUGUGGUGGACGGUGUUUACCAUUUCCGUGCUUGCAACCUCAGUCCACCACUUAGCACUUUUCCUUACCAAAACCAGUAGUGAGUUUCAACACUGUAUUGCAAAACUAAAAAUUAUUGUAUUACACAGUCAAAAGAUGAAUUCUGAAGUAUUUUUCAAUUAAAAUAUAUUGAGAAAA